CCUCGGUUGUGUAAGAACUUGGGAAUCAUUGCAUUUUCAAGAGCAGAGACACGGGACGGAAAAACAAUAAUACAAAAUCAAUCAGGAGCUGUGAAAAAUGUCAAUGUAAAAGAAGCUGUAGGGAAGGAGGAUUCCAAUGUGAACGCGCGCGUGCGCGCGCGUCUCGGGCCCACCGGGUUCGACCCCCUCCGCCCCUCGCGCGAAGGUUUGGAGGCACUGCGGCACAUUGCGCACACUUGCGGGCUGCGUGGCUCGGCGUCCAAAGGGGGGAGCGGAAGACGGGAGGAGGGCAAAGAGUCGCCGGGAGGGAGGGGAGCUCGCGUUCCUUUUCCCCGAGCGCUCACUUGACGGAGGCAGGAGCGACGCAACCGCCGAGGAAAACCAACGUCGCCGCCGCCUUCGUCGUCGUCGCCGGCCUUUAGCCUUUCUUCCGCGUGCGGCCCCUCGCCGACUGUUAUGGGGGCGACAGCGCGCUCCUGAGCGGGCUCCACUCGCCGUGAACCUCGGCUCUUGUGCUUCACGUCUACGCGGAAACAGGCGACAUGUCGAGGGGCUUUUUCGUCUUGAGCACGUUGUGUGUCGCAAACGAGCGGCCCUCACUGUAAAAGCAAGAAAAAAAAGACAACAUUCCUUGUGGACAUUUUGGCGGUUGGCAGCCAUUUGUUGUGAGCGCUGCUGAUUUUUUUUUGGUUUGUUUUCUUUUUCUUUUUUGGGGGCGUUUGUUGUAAUCAGAUACACGAGGCCUAUUUGAAAGGCAGCCCCGCCACGAAUAGCAGGCGCAAUAUUUAAAUCUUUUACCAUACAAUCUCCCGUUUUUCGUAUAGUCUCCAUAGUGUUUGACUCAUUCAAAGGCCUCGGCUCCUUUUUUAUUUUCCUUCUCCCCCCAUAGUUACAAGCACAGAGUGUGCGAGCAGCCGAGGGCCCCUCCGAUAAGCUCAAGAAGGGCAAAAUAGCAGCUUUUCUUUUCCAAUGUUAAUGUCGACCGACGUUGCAUCCAUCAUGCUGCCCGUGUGCCGCGGACUGAUGGAGCGGGAUCGAGAGCUCGACGCCCUGGCCGGGGUGCAUCCCGACGCCGGCGGCGCUCCUGCUGCCGUCCGGGGAAUGAAGCGAGGAGACCCGGAGCCCGACGGGCACGCGGCGGCCUCGCUGCUCGACUCUGCCGGGGCUGAGUGCAAGCGCCCCCGAAUGGAUGGCUCCGGCGAGGCUGGCCAGAAUAAUGACCCGCUGACCCUUGGUUACCAUGGAUACCCAUCUCACAGUCAGGGUUCCCAGGAUAGUACUUCCGGUCAGGAGGGACUGGUACCACCGCCUUUCGCAGCCUUCCCUCCUCCUCCUCCGCCUCCUCCCCAGAACGGUCUUGCCCUGGAUUACGGCGGCAGCCUGUAUGCGGCGAGCGGGGUGCAGGGCCCCGUGGAAGCCGGCGGAGCAGUGAACAGUGUCGUCAACGUUGUCAACAGCCUCAGUGGCCAAUCAGAUGUCUCCUCUCAGAUUGACGGUCAGUCAGGCUCAGGAGGCGGCGGCGGGGGGAGCAUCGGCGAUGAUUCAGACGCCAAGGGGAUGCCCAAACGCCUCCACGUGUCCAACAUUCCCUUCCGCUUCCGAGACCCUGACCUGCGGCAGAUGUUUGGGCAAUAUGGCAAAAUUCUCGAUGUCGAGAUCAUUUUCAACGAGAGAGGAUCCAAGGGCUUCGGUUUCGUAACAUUCGAGACGAGCGCGGAUGCGGAGAGAGCCCGAGAGAAGCUUCACGGUACCCUGGUGGAAGGCCGCAAGAUUGAGGUCAACAAUGCCACAGCCAGAGUGAUGACCAACAAGAAGAUGACGACGCCGUACUCCAAUGGCGAGGGUCUUGCAGCUCUACCAUACGCUGGCUGGAAGUUGAGCCCUGUGAUGGGAGCCAUGUACAGUCCUGAGCUCUACACGGUGCCGGGGUUUCCGUACCCGGCGGCGGCGGCGGCUGCCUCCACGGCCGCGGCGACCUUCCGCGGUGCUCAUCUGCGGGGACGCGCGCGGCCCGUCUACAGCCCGGUCAGGGCGGCCGUGCCGCAACCUGCCAUCCCCGCCUACCCUGGCGUGAUGGCCUACCAGGAUGGUUUUUACGGUGCGGCGGAUCUUUAUGGAGGCUACGCCGCGUACCGUUACGCCCAGCCGACCGCCGUAGCGACGCACGCCGCCGCAGCGGCAGCAGCUUACAGCGACAGCUAUGGACGGGUUUACACAGCUGACCCCUACCAUGCCGCACUUGCCCCGGCUGCCUACGGUGUUGGAGCCAUGGCCGCGCUGUACAGGGGGGGCUACAGUAGAUUCACCCCUUAUUAAAGACUACAUUUCCCAGGAGCUCUUGCAGCGACUUCAUCUGAAAGCGCUCCAUCUGUCGUCAUGAAAGUGGACCGCAUCCAGCUUGGAGUCAACCAUACCCACUCCCCAUCCCAGAGACGUCCCAUGUUUUCCUAUACACGCAGAAAUAGAGGAAUGCUGCAUCGAAGACUGACGGGCGGCCUUUACAUUCAAACGACAAGCAAAAAUCGCCACCUUCCCUUACUGCACGGCUGUAUUUUAAUCCCCCUUCUCAAUCCUCCCGCACUCAGCAGCACAAGAGAUGUUCUUCCAAAGGCUGUUUCCGUUUCCCUUUCGAUCUGCGGUCAGCCGUCGUCGAGAGCGACGUGCGCGCUCGAGCUCAGCUUUGGCAGCGGGACGCUAGAAAAAAAAUAAAGCUCACGGCUCCGAUUUCCCGUUGGCAGACGGCGGGACGCGGUGGCUCGCGGCAGGAGGGAAGCUUACUCGCGCUGGUCCUUACCUCGAGUUCUCUCACUACACGGAAACGAUCAACCUUUAAGUUAUGAUAUGCAAAUAAAUUAGUUUAGAGAAACAGUUACCAAAUUUAUAAUCGCUGGAAUUAUUAUCCCUAUUGUUAAAUAUCCAUUGUUGUUUUUUCUUGGCGUCAGCUACACUUUGCUAGCUAGGUUGUGGCCCAACGUGUUCUCACCCAGAAUUGAGUAGGAAAUGAUCAAAAUAAUAAUAAUGAUGAUCAUAAAAAGUUGAACACUGUUAACUCCCUCUUUCCUCAAGAAGUGGCCACGACAUGGAUUAUUGACUCAACUGUUAUUAGGGGUAAGGCUAUUUUUAUUUGUACAAUUGCAGCAUUUUAAGUUAAAAACAUUUAAUCUGCAAACAACUAAUUCAAAAACAGUAUGUAUAUUAAAUAAAUCUAUUAUAGCGAACAUAAUGUUCAUCAAUAUGGGCUCCCUGACUGAACUUUGACCCGGGAUGCCUUCUUAUCCUUUUUCUGGUGUCUGUUUCAGGAAAAUGUCCAAAAGCUUUCUCUCCGCUCUUUAAACGUCAGCUCUACAGAUGCCAUGUCCGCUAUCCAGAUGUUGUGUGUUGUGGGAAGGAUGUUUCCAGUGGCGUGUGGUGCUAACUUUCAUAGUUAGGGCACCCAUUGGUGCCACGCGAGGGGAUUACGGUGGUGUUUAUUUGAGGUUUGCGUCUGAGAUCGAGGCACAGCAGCGUCUGUUGGAGCGGCGGCUACUAUUUGACAAAAACAUCGAAAGCCCUAAGGGGGUAAGCUAAAUUUUCUUUUCUCGUAAUUAGUCUGUUUUUGUAUGAGAUCCUACUAAAUCCUCGCUAGAAUAUGUUGACGCCUUAAGAACUGAAAAUAAGCAUAUCUGUAUAAGUAAUAUUUUGCCUUUUGGCGAUGUUCCAGUUUCACUCUGCGCAUGUGCCGUCACACACAACAAGUGCAACGCUGCGCUGACGGCACUCUUAUUUGACUAGGGUUUGGUUUGGUUUAGUUUUUGGGCUUUGAAUCUACUAGUUGGAGUAUUGGCCGUGUACAACUUGGAUUUUUCACUCAUCCUCCAUCAUUAAUGAGCAACUCCAACACUGAUUAAGUCUUCCUGGAAAACAAAAUAGUAGGUAAUUGUAAGAGAGAUUCUGUCGACUUAAGAAUAAUUAAAAAAAAGGAAAAUAUUUAAAUGCAAAACACCUUACUAUUGUGCAUAUUUCUAUACUAUUGUAUUCUAUAUUUCCAAAUGUGGCUUUUUUGGCUUUUUGUUUUUGUUCCAAAGAUUUGUAGAAAGCACAUUUUUUGGAAUAUAUGUAUAAAUACAGUAUAUUACCUUUGUUAAUGUCAUCCUUGAUGAUCCUAUUGCUGUUUUUAUUUACUUUGUGUUCUUUUUAUAUCAGCAAGUGUCGUUGCGCCUACAAAAGGUGCAAGUUCAAACUCAAGCUUUCUUUUGUUUUUUUUAUUAUUAUAAUUAUUCUGAGUGAGUUUCUUGAGAAAAUCAUACCAAGAGGAGAACUAAAGGUAUGCAUGUAACACUAGCAGACCAUUAAUGUUUUUGUUAAUGGGAUUAUUUUGCAUGAUAUUUGACCAUACAUCACAAUAUACCGAAUGGACCGGUCGAUAGCACUAUUUGGAUUUAAUACAUUUCAAGUGAGAAGAUCUGCACACAUCAGGUUGUUUUAAAUUGUAUGUGAAACGUGGCAGAUUUUUCUUAUUUCUAUUUUUUAUGUGCUGCUCAUACAAAAAAAAAAAAAAAAAAAAAAAGGUCAUCAAAUAUUCAGCUAUAGAAUGUGUUCUGGACUAAAAACACAUUUAAAAAAACUAAAUAAAAUAAAAAAGGAUUAGCCGAAGAUGUUAACAAGAGUCCUCAGCACAUUUGCAAAAUGCUCUCAAACGGGCUCAGUCAAGGCAUGCAAAAACCAGCAUGAGUCUAACGCGCAUCCAAAAGUCGUUUUGCAUGAAUCUUGUCUUUCGUAUUUGACAUCUGAGACAUUUGCAUCUUUCCUGACCAUCUAAAUUGAUGGACGCCAUGCCCGAUGGCGCUCCUGAUUGCUCGCUGUGGCAACCAGGAUGAAAAAGAAUUUGGCACCUUGAUGGAGUCGUGGUUCUCCUGCCACUCGAUUCUCUUGACAAUUAAAAGUGGCUCCCCUUCUUCAUGGUUGCUUCAAGUUUUCAACCACUUCCUGUCCCCCCUUUGACUGCCAUUGUUAUUUUUUUGAAUUUAUUUUUUUUUUUGUAUUUGACUGUCCAUUUCCAAUGUUUUAUAUAAAAUUGUUUUGUUGUGA